ACAGUGGCGGAAUGAAAAUUUUGAACGGCCGAUUGACAUGGAAGGUUCGGGGGACGACGACUCCUUCGAAGAUGAAGAACUAGAGGAAAUGGAGGACUUCUAUUCGGGAUCUGGAUCUGGAUAUUUCAAGCAGGAUCCCGGAUCCAAGUCGGUUGUGCGGCUCACCACGGAUUCACCCAUCGUUCUUGCUACCACCUCCGCUGUGAUGCCUGUCACAUCUGUGCAACCGGUUGCCACUCCUCUGGCACCACUCCCUACCGAGGAAGUUAUUUCUGAAUCCGCCACCAACGGUCUGUACAUUCCCAGGAUUUCAGAAGUGCCAGCAGUCACCAUCUGGAAAGCAGUAGGGGUUACUGCAACCCCUGCAGCCCGUGACGUCGCUACUACCACAAUGACCACGACUGCUUCUAGCAUGGCUACGACGGCCUCCGCCACAACGGUUACCUCUAGACCAACCACUGCCCUGAGAGACCUGCUGCCUGUGAUCACAAUUGUUGCCGUGACACAGUCGAUGAUGCUCGAAACCCCGACAACGGCUACUGUAGCCAGAACGGAAAUUCCAGCUUCUCCCCUGGGGACGACCAGUGAGACAGAGGUCAGAGAUACGGCCCAGCUCAGCACUUCGCAGGAACCAGAUGUUACCACAGUGCCCCAGCCUCCCACAGCAACACCGACCGAUGCUGCUCAGGUAGGAAAGUGUUUAAAGACAGGCUGUAUCUCUCAGUAUGGUGGUUUCUGCAUGCACUAAACCAGAGGUGGGGAACUAUGGCUUGUGACAUGUGGACUUCGAAAGGACCAUAGUUUCCCCAUCCCUGCUAAGCCAUAAUCUUUCAGGUCUAAAGAACAGAAUAGAA